CAAAGGAACUAGAAGAUGAAGAACUGAUGGUAGAAGUAGAAACAAGAGAGAAAAAAGUCGGUCAAUCCAGUCAAACACUUUACAAACCAAGAACCUCAAAUCCAAAAAUAAAAAUGAUACACAAUUCCAACUAAAAUUUUGUAAACAUACCCACUUGCAUUGGCACCUCUCUCUCGCCUUCUCUCUCUAGCCAUUUUUUCUCUCCACCCCCCACCCUACAUGUAUAAAAUUGAUCAUGGGCAAUUGGGCAUGCUGCUUUAAAUAAGUGGGAGAAAUGAAAGGCAGAAAAGCAAGAAAUUGGAGGGGAGCUGGCUCAUGAAAACUUCAUGCUCUGUUUCUGUUUCUUGUAUAAGUAUACCUCUCCUCUGCUAAUUAGCCAAUGACCCAAAACUCCUCUCUCUCUCUAGCUUCUCUCUCUGAACUAAGAAGACGCACACGCAGAUACAGAUAGUCAGUUUCUUUUUUGGGUAUUUUUGGAGGCUUCUAUUUUGUUUUGUUUUAUAAAUCUUAUGUCUUUAUAAUUAUUUUCCACACAUCCUUUCAUCCCAUCCCAUUAAACAAUGAAAAUGGCAUAUUACCAUUCAUCAUUUUCCCUCUAUAGGAAACACCCAUCAUUGCUCCCAACAGUCGUUUUCAACCUUAGAAACCUGAGCUUCUUCUUCUGCUUGUAAAGCUAUUCCCUCCUUGGAAUCCCAUUCCUCUCACUCUCUCUCUCUCCCCUCCUUCUUCUUCCUCUCAUCAUUUAAAUACCACCCUCUGUUUUUUAAUCCCACACAAAAUUUCAAGCUUUCAAACACAAGCAGAACAAAAGAAAUUUGAAAAGAAAUUGAAAAGGAGAGGAAGAUUAAAAAUGGAUCCUUCAUCUACCAACUCUGUCAAUGGCUUCUACUCGUUUCUGACUCGAGGGAUCGACGAUCUCGAAAGGGUUUUUCUUUCCAACAACUUUAUGUCAAUCCAAUUCCUCCAAAGGGCUCUUUCCCUUCUUCGAUCUUUCCACUCCCAGCUGACCCUUCUCGUCCAGAAGCUCCAUUUGCCCGUCGGAGACAAGUGGCUCGACGAGUACAUGGACGAAAGCUCCAAGCUUUGGGAAGCCUGCCAUGUCCUCAAGUCCGCCGUCUCCGCCAUGGAGAAUUACUACACUUCCGGCCUCAACAUCACCUCCACCCUCGACUCCCACCGCCAUCUCACUCCCCAGCUCUCUCGCCAGGUGGUGCGCGCGAUUUCUGGGUGUCGGCGACAGGCGUUCGGAUUGGAGGAAGAGAACAGGGGGCUGAUGGAGACGAGAAUCCAGCCGCUGUCGCUCAAAUUCGACGAAAGGGUCUCCAUCGAAUCGAAGCUCAAUGGAUUUAAUGGGUUCAGGGGAGUCCUGUACGCAAUGAGGAACGUGAGCUCGCUGCUGCUAAUUAUCCUGCUGUACGGACUGGUGUUCUGCUGGCCGGAGGAGGAGUCGAGCUUCUGCAGGGGAGGGUACAACGAGGGGUGCGUGAUCUUCGGAUCGUCGUUCAUGGUAUCGACGGCGAGGCUGCAGCAGAGGGUUGCGGCGGAGAUCAGGCAGAUCAGGGAGAGGCCGGGGGUUCUGAUGUGGGAGUUCAGGAGGUCGAAGGCGGCGAUGGAGGAGCUGAGGGGGGAUCUCGAGAGGAGGGGGCCACAGGGAGGUGCGGAGCAGGAGGAGGAGGGCGGCGGCGGCGGGAUUAGGGAGGGAGUGGACAACUUGAGAGAGUGUUUUGGGGUGUUGAGAUCCGGUGCGGAGAAUAUUGUGAACCAACUUGAUGAUUUCUUUGAUGAAAUUGUUGAGGGGAGGAAGAAGCUUUUGGACUUUUGCAGUCAUAGGUAAAAGUAAAUAACUAAAAAAAAAUUACAUAGUAGAGAGAGUUAAUUAGUAGGGUUUUGUUGUACCUUUAUAACCCUCCCUCUUACUUAUGUUUGUAUUUUUAAAGUUUUUUUUUUUUUUUUUUUUUAAGACUUUGCACUUUCUCUCGAGUGUCUUCUUCUCUUUUGUUCUAAUAGUAACUAGUUAUUCGUCUAUAAUCAAGUUUGAAUUCUCGUUCGUGUAAUCUAAGAUUUGAUGUAGCAUAGACUCAUCAACAAGUAGUUACCAGUUACCAUGGUUGUAUUCAUGAAGAGUUUUUAUUUUUAAGCCACACCAAUAAAGCCUUAUUUCACUAAA